CCCAGAUAUCGCCGGAACCGGAUGCAGUUAAGUUAGCUGUUCCCUGUGUUGUGUUGAUUUUCUAGAGAGAGAGAGAGAGAGAAGGAAAAAGAAGACCUGACGUUUUGGAAUAACCUAAACUGCCUUCCCCUGUCUUACUCCUUAAUCCAAACCUCAAAGGAAUAAGUGGCAACCUCUGAAUCAGUCAAUGGGAAAAAUCUAACAAUGUUUAGCUUUGAGGGAGAUUUCAAGACAAGACCCAAGGUAUCACUUGGAGGAGCAAGUAAAAAGGAGGAGAAAGCUUCUCUGCUGCACCGCACUCAAGAAGAAAGACGAAAAAGAGAGGAUGAAAGGAAACGACUGAAGAAUUCCAUUAUCAUUCAGUCCUACAUACGUGGGUACCAGGACUUAAAACGACAGUAUGCUAUCCAGAGGGCCAGGUUUGACGAGCGUGUCAACCAGACGGUGACAGGGGGAGCUCAGCAUGCCUUGGAUGGUCCAGCUCUCUGCCUCUUAUCAAGACAGCUCAUAUUUUUCUACAGACAGAGUGUGGAUGCACAUAGAUUGAUAUGGUUGUGCCAGAACCUGGUGAAACUCAACAGUCAGUUUGUGAAGCUGUUGGUGGGCCCACAGAGACAAACAUGUAUGUUUCAGAUCAAGAGGAUCUUAGGCUUCUGCUGCAGACUCCUACAGAACUGCACGGAUGACAGUUUAAAUGUGGCGGUUCCCAUGCGGAUGCUAGAUAUCUUUUCUUCAGAGAAAACCUAUGUUCCCGUUAUUCCAGAUGCUAACUAUGUAGCUUCAUUACUCGAGCAGAUUUUGCACUAUAUGGUACAGAAAGGAUACUACAGGUCGCUGUAUAUUCUUGUGAAUCACAGGCUCCCUUCCAGUCUGGAGUACACUGACGCUCCUUCUGUCCCUCUAGCAAGCACACUGUUGGAGCACAUUCUCAAACCUCUGCACUUUACCUACUCCUCCUGCACAACAGGCGCAAGGCAGUUUGUAUUCGCAGCCUUUACUGAGGAGUUUAUCUCUACACCGUUCACCGAGCAGAUCUUUCACUUCUUUAUCCCGGCACUGUCGGACAUUCGACUCUCAUUCCCAUUCGAGGCCUUCCUGAGCUCCCUCCAGGGCACCAUCGGCUCCUCCUCGGCACCACAGAGCAAGGCACCGUGGGUGUUUUACUUCGUCCUCUCUGCAGGGGAGAACUGCUUAGGCUCACUAUCAGAGGAGGGUCUCCAGCUGUACCUUCGGGCUCUGCAGACGCUGUUGCCACUGCUGCCAGUGUCGGAGAGCAGCGGCAGGCCUGAAGUUACUAGCGAUUCAGAGGACGACGAUGACACUGGCAUCCAUCCACCCCCGAUGCAGGAUGACAGCAGAAUCUCUGUGCAGCUGAUCACAGAGGAGUGUGUCCACAAGCUGGACACUAAGCAUCAGACUAACGCCCUGCUGAACCUGGUGUGGAGGGACUCAGCCAGUGAGGAGGUUUUCACCAUGAUGGCAUCCAUUUGUCACACACUCAUGGUCCAGCAUCGCCUCAUGGUGCCAAAAGUCAGACUUCUCUACAGUUUAGCUUUCAAUGCGCGUUUCCUGAGGCAUCUCUGGUACCUGAUAACUUCCAUGACAACAAAAAUGAUCACUGGCUCCAUGGUGCCGCUGCUGCAGCUGAUCUCGCGAGGGUCUCCCAUGUCUUUUGAGGACUCUAACCGCAUCAUUCCCCUCUUCUAUUUAUUUAGUUCUCUCUUCAGCCACUCUCUUAUCUCCGUGCAUGACAGCGAAUUUUUUGGUCACGAAAUGGAAGGUAGCAGACUUUUUCCCCUUUUUUUAUUGAAUGAGAAACAAGGUCAGACGCAGUCCUCCAUGAUGCCCUUCACGUUGACAGAGCUGGUGACUCUGUCUCGCUGUCUGAGGGACGCGUGCCUGGGAAUCAUCAAGCUGGCCUACCCAGAGACCAAAGCAGAGCACCGUGAAGAGUACAUGGCUGCCUUCCGCAGUGUGGGUGUCAAGACAAACACUGAGGUCCAGCAGCGCAUCCAGGCCGAGCAGAAACGCUGGGUACAGCUCUUCAAGGUCAUCACUAACUUGGUGAAGAUGGUGAAAGCUCGCGACAUUAGACGACCCUUCUGUCCAGCAGGUCACUGGCUCUCUGAGGAGGUCAACAUCCGAGCAGAUAAGGUCACCCAGUUGUAUGUCCCGUCUGCAAGACACGUGUGGAGAACACGAAGGAUGGGCCGCAUUGGACCACUUCAGUCAACACUUGAUGUUGGUUUAGAGCCUCCGCAGCUGUCUGUGUCUGAAGAGAGACAUCUGGCCAUCCUCACAGAGCUCCCUUUUGUGGUUCCCUUCGAGGAGCGAGUCAAGAUCUUCCAGAGGUUAAUCUAUGCUGACAAACGGGACGUGCAGGGGGACGGGCCAUUCCCUGAUGGUAUCAAUGUCACCAUCAGACGCAACUACAUCUAUGAGGAUGCCUACGAUAAACUCUCUCCAGAAAACGAACCGGACCUGAAGAAAAGGAUUAGAGUCCAUCUGCUGAACGCUCAUGGUCUCGACGAGGCAGGCAUUGACGGUGGCGGCAUCUUUCGCGAGUUCCUCAAUGAGCUCCUCAAGUCGGGCUUCAAUCCCAACCAGGGCUUCUUCAAGACAACCAAUGAGGGCCUGCUGUAUCCCAACCCCGCCGCAGAGAUGCUGGUUGGAGACUCCUUUACGAGGCAUUACUACUUUCUCGGCAGGAUCCUCGGAAAGGCACUCUAUGAGAACAUGCUGGUGGAGCUGCCCUUUGCCAGUUUCUUCCUGUCCAAACUUUUGGGAACCAGUGCAGAUGUGGACAUCCACCACCUGGCAUCAUUGGACCCGGAGAUGUACCGCAACCUUCUCUUCCUAAAGAGCUAUGAGGGUGACGUGGAGGAGCUGGGCCUCAACUUCACAGUGGUCAACAACGAUCUGGGAGAGGCUCAGGUGGUUGAGCUGAAGCUCGGAGGCAAAGACAUUCCCGUGACCACAGCCAACCGGAUAGCCUACAUCCAUUUGGUGGCUGACUACAGACUGAACAAGCAGAUCAGGCCUCACUGCCUGGCCUUCAGACAGGGCCUGGCCAAUGUGGUCAACCUGGAGUGGCUGCGCAUGUUUGACCAGCAGGAGAUCCAGGUGCUGAUAUCUGGGGCUCAUGUGCCAAUUUGUCUUGAUGACCUGAAGAAGUUCACAAACUACUCAGGCGGGUACUCGGCCACUCACCCAGUCAUCCAGAUCUUUUGGGAGGUGGUUGAAGGCUUCACAGACGAGGAAAAGCGCAAGCUGCUGAAGUUUGUCACCAGCUGCUCCAGGCCUCCACUGCUGGGCUUCAAGGAGCUUUACCCGGUCUUCUGCAUCCACAACGGGGGCACCGACCUGGAGCGCCUGCCCACUGCCAGCACCUGCAUGAACCUGCUCAAGCUCCCGGAGUUCUGCGACCAGAACCUGAUGAGGAACAAGCUGUUGUACGCCAUCGAGUCCUCUGCCGGGUUCGAGCUGAGCUGAAGCGGGCGAAAGGCUUCUCUGUCCCUGCAUCGAUGGACUCGACGCCACAGAACUGGCUUGGAAGCUAAAGACUUGAGACAAAAGAGAAAAAAAAAAGAGAGAGGAUGGAAAGCAAAUGAUGCACUGACCUGUCUGAUUUACUGUGUUUGUGUGUGUAUGAGUGUGUGCGUGCCAAGCCGUGGGUGAGGAAAUAAUCACCCACAGACUGAGGGAAAAGGGGUGCAAGGAUGAAGCGGGGUAGGAAGCCUCUUUUUUUAAAAUCCUUGUUUCUUUUAAGUAAUUUAAAUGUUGAAUCAAUUGUCAGUAUACUUCAGAGGAGAACAGCGCUACAGUUGAAUUUUGCAGGAAAUAUCAUGCAAGAGUAAAUAACAGAGUGGCAGCUGCUCUCUUGUGUAAUCUAACAUGAAACGACAGUUAUUUUUCACCAAAGAUUAAGUGGCAUCAUACAAAAAUAAAAAAAAAAGGCAAUAUAACUGACAGACAGACCGGACAGAGACAGACUGUAGGACUCUAAAGCCACUUUGUGGUGUGCCAAGGGCUGCAGAGGUGGAGGAGCUUUUCUGUAUAGCCAUCGUCUAUUUUCACGUCGAGGUCAUCAGAACUCCAGUUUUUUUGAUUUCUCCAAUGAUUAUUAUUACUGGUAAUAACCGUCAUGUCCGAUAUCCAUACCGUAAGUGUGCACACGCCAUCUGAAGUGUGUAUAUGGCUUAUAUUGCUGGAAUAGAUUUGGAGGGAAGUAUUAUAUAAUUAUGGAUUUGUGAAUAUGUAUAUGUUUACAACUACUCUUCUAUUAUUCAUUUCUUCAGUAUGUGUACAGGUUUGUUUUUUCUUUCCCUUUGUGUGAUCAAUGGAGGCCUCAUGUUAUUCACACAUGCUCACUAGAGAGAACCAUCUCUUCCCUGGUCAGCGCCCUGAAGUUUGCUUUCAGGGGAGCAACAACCGUUCCGUUGAUAAGGCUUACAAAUGAUGAGUAUACCAACAGGGUAAGAAAAAAAAUACCAUAUGGAAAUGAAUAAAACCCACUUUUCUUUUUUGCA